UCCUCCUUCAUGACGAGCAUGUCCGAUCUCCUUGGAACCCCAGACUUCGGCUACAACCCACUAGAGGGCAACGAGCUCUUCGCCAUCUUCGAGUCCCUCGACCGCCGCCGUAGCGGCACCACCACCACCACCAUCCCCAACUUCCCAGCUUCGUUCGAACCAGCUACAACAACUCCUGCACCACCUCCAUCUCCAUUCGGAGGUGCUGCUGCAGGAGCAGCAAGAUCUAGACAGUUGACUUCGCAGAAGUCAACAUCCUCGUCCACUGCUGCUCCGAGAGAAUUCUCGGAGCAGCAGCCGCAGCAGAACGAGGCCGAACCCAAGAGCAAGAGACAGAAAACCAUGGCCGCGGCCGCGGCCUAUGUAUGGAGUCAGGAGGACGAGCUAGGCAGCCCUACCGACGGGCUGAACAAGAUGUCUCACAUCACCGUGGAGCGCAACCGGAGGAAGCAGAUGAACGAGCAUCUCGCCGUGCUGAGGUCCCUCAUGCCUUGCUUCUACGUCAAGCGGGGAGACCAAGCGUCGAUUAUAGGAGGAGUAGUGGACUACAUCAGCGAGCUACAACAAAUCCUCCAAUCCUUAGAAGCCAAGAAGCAGCGCAAAGUAAUCUACAGCGAAGUGCUGAGCCCUAGAAUCGUCGCUAAUAGUCCCCGGCCGUCGCCAUUGAGCCCGCGGAAGCCGCCCAUCAGCCCGAGGAUCAUCAACAGCAACUUGCAGCCGAUAAGCCCACGAACCCCGCAGCCCACCAGCCCCUACAAGCCCAGGCCGCCGCCGUCGCUGCUGAUCAGUAGUUCUACCACCAAUGUACACAACAACUACAACAAUUCGUCGGCGGCUUCCGUCGUCGAGCCGUCCCCAACGACGUCGUCCUCGUCCUCCAACCUCAUGGCUGGCGACGGGCUCGUUAGCAACAAUGGCAACGAGUUGGUCGCGAAUUCGAAGUCGCGGAUUGCUGACGUGGAGGUGAAGUUCGCCGGCCCCAACCUCGUCCUGAAGACGGUUUCUCCGAGGAUCCCCGGGCAGGCCGUGAAGAUCAUCUCGGCGCUUGAGGACCUCGCGCUCGAGAUUCUCCAUGUGAAUCUCAACACCGUCGAUGAAACCAUGCUCAACUCCUUCACCAUCAAGAUUGGAAUUGAGUGCCAACUAAGUGCAGAGGAGCUUGCUCAACAGGUCCAACAGACAUUCUGCUCCUAAUAUUAUAUAUAUUGCUCUGAUCUGAUCUCUCCCUCUCUCUUAUGCAAUGUAUGGUUAUGGAUGCUUCUGUCUAGUUGAUGUCUCCCCAACCUAACUACUUCCCCUCUUGUUUCUUAAAUUUGGUUUUCUUAUCCUUUUCUUUGUAAUUUGGCCUUCAAUUAUUGAGGUGUACAACCUAGUAAUAAAAAAUGACUUAAGUA